AUGGAGGAUGAUGCAGCAACAUUUGUGCAGAAGUUCCACGAAUGUCAAACUCACGGGAAUCUCAUUCACACGCCUUGUACUCCCCUUCAUUCAGUAAGUAGUCUGUGGCCUUUCUACAGCUGGGGACUUGAUAUUAUUGGAAAAAUCAAUCCACCAUCGUCGAAGCAGCAUGAGUAUAUCAUAACCGCGAUAGAGUACUUUACCAAAUGGGUCGAAGCUAUUCCUCUCCGAGGAACCACUGGAGCGACUAUUGCAGCAUUCAUUAAGGAAUACAUCAUUUGUCGGUUUGGUGUACCUAAGCACAUCAUUACUGAUAAUGGUACUCCCUUUGCCAACAAACAAGGGAAUGGUCAAGCCGAAAGCACCAACAAGACUUUGAUUCGGAUUCUCAGUCGAAUGGUGCAUGAUAACCCCAGGACGUGGCAUGAACAAUUGCCAAUGGCACUGUGGGCAUAUCGGGCGGCACCUGGAGUUUCUCCUUAUUCACUUGUCUAUGGCGCAGAUGCAAUUCUCCCAGCAGAGAUCCAAAUCCCGUCAGCUAGGAUUGCAGCAGCAAGUGGAGUUCAAUGGAAUGAGACUGAAGCAUCGAGCUCCAGAAUAGAGAAAUUAUACACUUUGGAUUCCAGGAGAAUUAAGGCAGAAGAGCAUGCUCAGGCGUACGGAAGGAGGAUCUCCAGAGCAUACGAUAAAGUUGUAAAACCUCGAGUUUUUCAAAUAGGAGAUCUGGUAUUAAAGACAGCCAAGCAUAUUCAACAAGAUAUGUCCGCACCAAAGUUUUCCACAAAAUGGGAAGGUCCUUACCUGAUCACCAGAGCCUAUAACAGUGGUCAAGACGUAUGA